UCUCACUCUGCUAUUGGGCCGUGGGGUCACGUGGUAAAAGUAACUUUACAGGGCUGCUCGCAAGUAGGAGGGCUUUAUGGAGCAGAAAAACGACAAAGCUAGAAAAAUUAUUUUCCACUCCAGAAAUUAAUGAUCAUGAGCUCGUAUUUGAUGGACUCUACCUACAUUGAUCCGAAAUUUCCUCCAUGCGAGGAAUAUUCACAAAACAGCUACAUCCCCGACCACAGCCCCGAAUAUUACAGCCGCGCAAGGGACCCUGGCUCUGGUUACCAGCAUCACCAUCAGGAGUUAUACCCUCCGCGGGCGAGCUACCAAGAGCGCCAAUAUAACUGUGCAAGCAUCCCUGAACCUGACACGCAAAGUGGACAUGGACUACCCCAUACUGCGCACCUGCUUGCAGGGAAAGGGCAGCCAGCCUCAUGUGAGACCCCACAGCUACCCAUGUCCCCCACCACCCCACCGGCUGCAUCCUCCGCCUGCAACCAAGCUACACCGGAGCAUCCAAACAGCUCAGCCUCCUCCAAGCAGCCUGUGGUAUACCCAUGGAUGAAGAAAAUUCACAUCAGCACUGCGAACCCGAAUUACAAUGGAGCGGAUUCCAAGCGGUCUAGGACAGCCUACACUCGACAGCAGGUCUUAGAAUUGGAGAAGGAGUUCCACUAUAACCGCUAUUUAACUCGGCGGAGGCGCAUUGAGAUAGCUCAUACAUUGGUUCUCUCCGAACGACAAAUCAAAAUUUGGUUUCAGAACCGCAGGAUGAAGUGGAAAAAAGACCAUAGGCUUCCUAACACCAAAGUGAGAUCCUCCACCACGGGCGUAUCCUCCGGGUCCAACACAACCUCAUCAACCGGCGCUGUCGCCACUUCCUCGGCCACUGGUGCCAUUAUUCCAAAUGAACUUUCCGGAGGAGAGGAUGGCGAGGAUAUUACAACGUUAUAAGGCGAACAAAACAAAACACAAAAACACUUCAAGAAGGGAGAUAGAGAAAUGACUGAUUAUUUAUAGAAUAAAAUAAUCAGUCAUAUAGAAUAUAUUUUGUUUUUCGUAGCUAUUUGUGUGGUUUCAUUUAAGUCCAAAGUUAUAUAAAAUGCAUGUUAUAUAGCAUGGAUUUAUGCGAAUACCGAUGGAUUCUUUUUACGCGACACAGGGUUUAAGUUAUUUCAUGCUGAAUCAAAAUCAUGUUUUUAUGAGAAAAUGUUUUGAAUGAAGGAAAACAAAUGUAUGCCUACAUUUGAUCUAAAUGUUAUGGUGGGCCAUUCGUUUGCCCUGCUGCCCAAGGUGAAAUGCACAAUUUAUUUAUUUCAAGCGGAACACUGGAAGAAUAUUAUUAUUAUCAUAGUUAUUUUUGGUAAAAAUGCUGGAACAUACCGAUGGAAACAUCGAUCUUGCAAGGUGAAUUACCUCGCGUAUUUCAAAAACUGGAUUUUGAAUUACAAUUUAGUUUGUGGUGUUUACGUUGUGUUUAGCAGGUUAUUGUAAAAUGCAAUAAACAGAGUUUAGUGUAUUUGUGAUAAUCAUAUUGGUCAAUAAAACAGUGAAUGU